CAACGCGCUCGGCUUCUUUUUCUCCGGGCGCAGAGCGAGGUCGCCCGGAGCACAGCGGCUCCUGGGCACGGGGCAGGGCGGGUGCGACUGGCUCGGGACCGGAGGACCGGACCGAGACCGAGGGACGCUGACCAAGACCGGAGGACCAGCGGGGGACUCGAGGACCUGCCCGGCACCGGGUGCGCCCGUCCCGCUGCGGCGCUGCGGGCGGACCGAGCAGGGAGCCCCGGGAGCAGCAGCCCGACCCCGGAGGCGGCGGCCCCGCCCGCCCGGCUGUAACCCGACACCGCGCCCGCCGGUACAAAGCGCGCCCGGCCCGGCCCGGAGCCCAGCGCGGAGGACAAGCCGGCCCGGCCCGGUGUUUUCUCUUGGAUUUAACUUUCCAAACUGAAGAAAUGGCAUUCCGGGCAAUUUGCGUGUUGGUUGGAGCAUUUCUUUGCUGUGUCUGUGUAAACGGAUCUUCCCAGCCCCAAGCAAGAGUUUAUUUAACAUUUGAUGAGCUUCGAGCCACGAAGACCUCUGAAUACUUCAGCCUGUCCCACCACCCCUUAGACUACAGGAUUUUACUGAUGGAUGAAGAUCAGGACCGGAUCUACGUGGGCAGCAAAGAUCACAUUCUUUCCUUGAACAUUAACAACAUAAGUCAGGAACCUUUGAGUGUUUUCUGGCCAGCAUCCGCCAUCAAAAUUGAGGAGUGCAAAAUGGCUGGCAAAGAUCCUACGCACGGCUGUGGGAACUUCGUCCGCGUCAUCCAGACCUUCAACCGCACGCACCUGUACGUGUGUGGGAGCGGCGCUUUCAGCCCCGUCUGCACAUACCUGAACCGCGGCAGGAGAUCCGAGGACCAAGUUUUUGUGAUUGACUCCAAGUGUGAAUCCGGCAAAGGCCGCUGCUCGUUCAACCCCAGCGUGAACACAGUGUCUGUGAUGAUCAAUGAGGAGCUCUUCUCGGGAAUGUACAUAGAUUUCAUGGGGACAGACGCUGCUAUAUUCCGAAGUUUAACCAAGAGGAACGCAGUCAGAACCGAUCAACACAACUCCAAGUGGCUGAGUGAGCCCAUGUUCGUGGAUGCGCACUUGAUCCCGGAUGGCACGGACCCCAACGACGCCAAGGUGUACUUCUUCUUCAAAGAGAAGUUGACAGACAGCAACAGGAGCACGAAGCAGAUCCACUCCAUGGUUGCUAGGAUAUGCCCUAACGACACCGGGGGCCUGCGCAGCCUGGUCAACAAGUGGACCACCUUCCUGAAGGCGAGGCUGGUGUGCUCUGUCACCGACGAGGACGGGCCGGAAACGCACUUUGACGAGUUAGGUACGCGGCGUGCACAGCGGUGCCAGGUUUCUCGGAGGCCGGCACAGCCUCGCCCUUACACUUCCGCACACUCCGUCUUCCGAGGCUCCGCGGUGUGCGUGUACCACCUGGCUGACAUCCAGACCGUGUUCAACGGGCCCUUCGCGCACAAAGAGGGCCCGAACCACCAGCUCAUCUCCUACCAGGGGCGCAUCCCGUACCCGCGGCCUGGAACCUGUCCAGGAGGAGCAUUUACACCCAACAUGCGAACCACCAAGGAGUUCCCGGAUGAUGUGGUCACUUUCAUCCGGAACCAUCCACUCAUGUACAACUCCAUCUACCCAAUCCACAGGCGGCCUCUGAUGGUCCGCACAGGGACUGACUACAAGUAUACCAAGAUCGCGGUGGACCGCGUGAGUGCGGCGGAUGGCCGGUACCAUGUCCUGUUUCUGGGAACCGAUCGGGGCACCGUUCAGAAGGUCGUCGUUCUCCCGACCAACGGCUCUGCCAGGGGCGAGCUCAUUCUGGAGGAACUGGAAGUGUUCAAGAAUCGUGUUCCCAUAACAACUAUGAAAAUCUCACCCAAGAAGCAACAGUUGUACGUGAGCUCCAACGAAGGGAUUUCCCAAGUCUCCCUGCACCGCUGUGACAUCUACGGCUCGGCCUGUGCGGACUGCUGCCUGGCCAGGGACCCGUACUGCGCCUGGGAUGGCCACGCCUGCUCCAGGUUCUACCCCACCGGGAAGCGGCGGAGCCGAAGGCAAGAUGUGAGACACGGGAAUCCCCUGACCCAGUGCAGAGGGUUUAAUCUGAAAGGUUACAGAAAUGCAGCAGAAAUUGUUCAGUAUGGAGUCAAGAACAACACUACUUUCCUUGAGUGCUCCCCGAAGUCCCCCCAGGCCUCUGUCAAGUGGCUGUUACAGAAAGACAAAGACAGGAGGAAAGAGGUGAAGCUGACGGAGCGCAUCAUCGCCACCCCUCAGGGGCUCCUCAUCCGCUCCGUGCAAGACGCCGACCAAGGGCUCUAUCACUGCGUGGCCAUGGAGAACAGCUUCAAGCAGACCGUAGCCAAGAUCAACUUCAAAGUGCUCGACUCAGACAUGGUGGCUGUGGUGACAGACAAAUGGUCCCCAUGGACUUGGGCCAGCUCCGUGAGGGCGCUGCCCUUGCACCCCAAGGACAUGAUGGGGGCCUUCAGCCACUCUGAGGCGCAGAUGAUCAAUCAGUACUGCAAGGACGCCCGGCAGCAGCAGCAGCAGCUGGGCGAGGAGGCGCAGAAGCUGCGCGGGGACUACGGCAAGCUGAAGGCUCUUAUCAACGGCAGGAAGAGCAGGAACAGGAGAAAUCAUUUUCCAGAGUCGUAAUAUUUCCGUCCACCAGGCUUCUGCUUCCAGCAACAAAUGCUCUCUCUCCAGUGAUCAAGUUUUGAGCAAAAGAUCUUGUGCUUUCCCAUGAGAAGUUCCUGACAAAAGAUGAUUUUCCCGUGAACUGAACCGCGCAUGCAUUUUCUUGUACCAUAUUGACCAGCACUAGACAUGUCAUGUCCUCACGGUGCGUAUAAAUAUUUAACUUAACCCAGAUUUUAUUUAUGUCUUAGUCAUCUGUUCUUCAAAACCAGUAUGGCGGCUACAGAAGUAGAACUAUUACAUCCCUCUGCUGAACCAGGGCCAUGACCCUGGGAGCUUUCUUCCCUGCUUGAAGGGGUGAGAUUUCUAAGGGUCAGUGAUUUUAGAAACGAAACAAAUUCCAAUUCACAACUUUCACAUAGUAAAAAUCAUGUAAACACACAUAACAAAAGAAAAGAGGUGUAGAAUAGUUGCUAAGUGACAAAAAAGUAUCUAAAUAUUGCAUAAAGCAGGAAUGAUGGAUAAAGAGAACAUGAUAAAUUGAUAUGCUUCCAGUGAAAGUUAUUGUCCGCUAAGGUUGUUAAAGCUGUCAGUUAUGGUACCUGUCACUGACCUUCUCUACUUUCCGGAAGAGAAAAUGAGUGAUCUCUACCGUAAGGAGAUUUGGAGGCGGCCACACCAGGGACGGUUUAUAUGGUUCCAGUAGCAUCUUCCAAACAAAAGCACUUUCCUUUUUUUGGAAGUCAUUUAAGUUAUUAUAAACUUAAAUAUAAAGUUAAAAUAUUUCAUUGACUACUGUUCUGAUUCUAUUUUUUCUUGUCUGUGUGGCAAAUUAAAAAAAAACAAACCACAAGAAGAAAACAUUUCUGUGGCAUCAGGCUUUAACACGAGGCGUGAAACCAUCAACAUCCAAGAAGAGUUAAUGCUACUGGGAGGAAUUUAUAGCCAAUACGCACAGCUUCUAUACCUCUCACAACCAAGCUUGGUAAUUAAAUCCCCCGGGAAAUAAAUAAUCUCACACUGCAUAGUGACUGUUUAGACAACAUUUUAUUGUUUUAUAAUUAUUUAUGAAGAAAGUAAAAUAUAUGCAUAUGUGUGAACAAAGACAGACAUUCUCUGUGAAGAUCUCAGAUGUCUGUAUUUGUUCUUAUUAUAUUGUUUUUUCCUUCCAGAUAUUCUUUUGAAAGGAUGUCGGUACCUGUGUUCAAAUAUCUAUGAAUGUAAAUGUGGCGAGUUUUAUGAUAAAUAAGUGUUUUCUAAUUGCAUUUUGGGGUAGUUUUAUUGAAAUAAUUUAAUAGUAAAAUUAUUUUAUCCAAAUUAAAACUUAAAUGAGAGAAAUGUGAGAAAUUUCCUCAUGGUUUAAUAUUUCUUUUAAAAGCACAAUUGUGGCUUUUCCAUUUAAUUUUAAGACUUUUUUGUUUCCAGGUCAAAACAAAAAUUGCACCAUUUCCCUAUUCAAAAUCUAGUACAAAAAUUUUAUUUCUAGUUAGCAAUUCAUGAAGACAUAACAAAGGCAGAGAGUCAAUCUUUUUUAAUCUUGAGUGUAAAAGUCCAAGAACUAAAAUUACAGCUAGAAAUGCAGGUCGGUGGCAGAGUCUGUACUUGUCACCAAGAGGCCCUGCGUUUGAUGCCACCUUCAAGUCACAUAAACAUGGAAAACUAAGAUAUGGGUCAAAAAGAAAGUGGUCGCUGGUCAGAAUCUAAGAUGAUAAUUUAUUAUCCAGGUGGUGAUAACCUUCAGUAUUCUAAGAGGAAUUCCAGUAUUGCGAAAGGAAGGUCCACAUAUGCAA